CGAGUAAACUGGUAAUAAACAUAUACCUUUGGAGUAAUAAUGUCAAAAGAAAGCUAUUAUGUUGGUAUUGAUGUCGGAACUGGCUCGGCGCGUGCCGGUGUGAUUGAUUCUCAAGGAACCUUGGUCAGUAUAAGUGUCGAACCAAUCACCACAUGGAACCCAAAGCAUGACAUAUAUGAACAAUCAACCGCAAAUAUCUGGGCUAACAUCGCAAAAACCGUUCGUGAAGCCGUCAGAUCAGCGAAUCUCACCAGUGAUGAUAUCAAAGGAGUUGGUUUUGAUGCAACAUGCUCUCUUGUGGCCCUGGACAACAAGGGCCAACCUCGUUCAGUUGAUAUUCAAUCUGGGUUUCAAGACGACUCCCUCAACGUCAUCUUGUGGGCAGAUCAUCGUGCCAUUGACCAAGCCAGAAGGAUCAAUGCCACAAAACACAACGUACUCCGCUACGUAGGCAACACUAUUAGCCCAGAGAUGGAAAUACCAAAAACUCUGUGGCUCAAGGAAAACAUGCCACCCGCCAAGUGGGAUUCCCUGGCUUACAUAAUGGAUCUCCCAGACUUCCUUACUUUCAAAGCUACAGGUCACACUGCUCGUUCGACCUGCUCCUUGACAUGCAAGUGCUCUUACUUGCCACCCAAAGUCGGCCAGGGCUGGGAUGCCUCUUAUUUUGAAGCCAUCGGUCUCGGGUGUCUGGUAAAAGAGGAUUGGAAACGACUCGGAGGUGAAACAAAUGGCGGUGUUCUGCAUGCAGGAGACAAGGUUGGUAAAGGUUUGACAGCCCAGGCAGCAGCUGAACUAGGCCUCAAAGAAGGCACACCUGUGGGCUCAGCGGUUAUCGAUGCCUAUGCAGGUGCAAUUGCAACCCUGGGCGCAACAGCCUCUAAAACUGAACGCGACUCGAUGCUGCACGAAAGCACAAGCUUGGUCAGUCAAGGCAGUCAUCGUCUGGCCAUCAUUUGUGGUACAUCCAGUUGUCACAUUGCCAUGUCCCCGGACCCGAUAUUUGUACCCGGAGUGUGGGGUCCCUACCGUUCUGUUUUGGUACCAGACAUGUGGUGUGCAGAAGGUGGUCAAUCAUCUACCGGCCAAUUGAUCGACCACACUUUAUCUACACACCCAGCAAUCAAGGAAGCCCGAGAUUUGGCCGCCAAAGAAGACCUGAGUAUAUAUGCAUUCCUCAACCGUCAUCUCGAAAAACUUCAGAGCGAACGUCAGUUAAGUCGUGUCGAGGAUCUCACUCGCCAUCUACACAUCUACCCUGACUACCAUGGAAACCGCUCUCCUCUCGCAGAUCCCACCUUGCGUGGAACAAUUGUGGGUGUCUCGCUUGACAAGAGUAUCGAUGAUCUUGCUAGUCGCUACUUGGCUACGCUUCAGGCCAUUGCGUGUCAGACCCGUCAUAUUAUCGAGAGCAUGAAUCAAAAGGGGUACACUAUUGAUACACUGUGUCUUUCCGGAGGCCUGUGUAAGAAUCCGUUGUUCGUCCAGACCCACAGCAACAUUACUCAAUGCCGAGUGAUCCUUCCAGAAUCUAUUGAAGGUGCAGUUGUUGUCGGUGCAGCAUUCUUGGGGGCCAAAGCGGCAACUGGACAAGACCUUUGGGAUGUCAUGGUCAGUUUGGGUAAGGCUGGUCGAGUAAUAGAGCCUUGUAAGAACCAAGAAUCUAUUGAACAAGACAAUAGACGUUACAAGGUUUUCUUGGCUAUGCUGGAAGACCAAAAGAAAUACCGACAAAUUAUGGAUGGUUUAGUAUAGAUUUCCAUAAUUAUUUUAUUUGUAAUAUUGUUCUCUAUUUAUUUAUUAUUUGCUAUAUAUGUAUAUAACGUGCUAGACCUUUGGAUUACACGCUGUUAAAAGUACCCUCUGUACAUACAAACACAAAAUAUAAUAAAAUUAGCUUUUAAACUUAA